UAAAUAACCUAUUAUAAUAUAAAGAUAUAAUAUUCACAUGUACAGUGACUAUCAAUGAUAUGUCAUUAAUGUUUUUAUGUGAACUGAAGUAGAUUAUAUAUCUUUUGAAAAUGAAACUAAAAAAUUUACGAAUAAAUCCUUUGAAUCGAAAAGAAAGAAAAGAAGAAGAACCAAGCACUUCAGAAAACAAAACGUCGGAGGUUAUUUUACCAUCAGAUAGCAAUUUUAAUCACAUAAAGUGUAAAGCAGUACGAUAUAAAAAAUGUCAGCAAUUGAUGAAAGAAAAAAUAAAAGCCAAAAAAGAAGCUAAAAAAAGAAGAAUUCAAGAAGGAGUUCCAAAACAAGUUCCACAUACCAUUGAAAGCUUAAGAGAGAAAGAUGAAACUAUUGUCACUGGUAAUCUUGAUGAUGAAGAAAAUGCUGAACUUAAAGUUGAUUUUGAACAUGAUGAAUUUGCUGCUUAUUAUAAGCAUACUUAUGAGCCUAAAGUUUUGAUUACAUAUUGCGAUAAUCCAACAAGGAAAACUAGAAUUUUUGGUGUAGAACUUACAAGAAUAAUACCAAAUUCAAUUUCUUUAUAUAGAAAUCGUUCUGGAGUGAAGAAAAUGGUUAAAAGUGCUAUUGCAAGAAAUUUUACAGAUAUUAUAAUUAUUAAUGAGGAUCAAUGUAAACCUAAUGGUAUGUUAAUUAUUCAUCUGCCUGAUGGGCCAACAGCACAUUUUAAACUUAGUAAUGUUAAAAUAACUCCAGAAUUAAAACGUAGUCAUAAAGAAAUUUCUAAACAUAGACCAGAAGUUAUUUUAACUAAUUUCACAACUCGUUUGGGUUGUACUAUUGGUAGAAUGUUAGGAGCAUUAUUUCAUUAUCAACCUGAAUUUAAAGGCAGUAGAGUUGUAACAUUUCAUAAUCAACGAGAUUAUAUAUUCUUCAGACAUCAUAGGUAUCAAUUUGAUCUUGAAACAGCUAAACCUAGAUUAAGAGAAUUAGGACCUAGAUUUACUUUAAGACUAAAAUCUCUGCAACAAGGAACAUUUGACAGUAAACAUGGAGAAUAUGAAUGGCUCAUUCAAGGAAAAAGACAUGAUAUGGAAACUAGUAGAAGAAAAUUCUUUUUAUAAAUUUAAUGUAAAUGAUUUUACAUUAAAGAAAAGAUAAUAAAGAUUUUAUUAUCUCAAAUAAACAGUAAAAAAUAAAAUUGUUAUAAGAAA